AUGGGUGAUUACGUGUUUCAGAACCUCGACGAUAAUACUCUGAUGACCUGCGACCCCGAAAUCAUAUACCGUCAGUACCAAAUGCUGACGGACGGCUUUCUCAAAAUAUUGUUUGCUGUCGAGCCGACCUUCAACUUGGGAUCACCACUUGCUGGUGAACUCCAACGCUCGGUCAACCAAAACCGUCUCGUCCGUGGAGACUACCUUGUGAAGUACGCGGAGAACCAACAGGCCCGUCAAAAAGUUUUAGAACAAGGCCAAAAGAUUAGAAAAAUGGAGAAAGAAUAUGAGAAGAAGAAAGUCGACUCGUUAGAUGAACAGAAAAGUCUUCAAACUUCUCUGCAAAAACUGAUAACGGAGUCGGAGGCGGGUCGAGAAAGUGUGAAAAAGCUUUACACGUCCACGGAGACCGAAUUCGACAAUUUACUUCGAGACGUCUUGGCUCCUCUUAUUGAGCAAAUAGAAAACGUACAACACGAGAUCAACAUUUUGAAAGAACAAAAGCAACAAAUCAACUCCGAGGAGAUUUCUGGCAACGCAGAAGACUUGAAGACCCUCUUGGAGAAGAGCAAAACAAAAUUGGAGGGCGAUUUGGAAGAGAAGAACAAGACCCUUUCUUCGUUGGAAUCCAAAGCAAAAGAAAUCGAUCAAUCCAAAACGGAGAACGAAGAGAUGUUAGAAGCUAAGACGGCGUUCUUGGAAAAGAUCACAAAAGACAGCGCGAAGAUGGACGAACAACUCAAAGAGCUUAGAAAACAGGCAGAAGCCAAACGACUCGAAGAAGACAAAAAGAAGGAAGAAGCAAUUGUCCAAUCAUUACCACGCCCAAAUCACGUCUCCAACUUGGAAGAGAAUUUGAUCGUCGAAUGGUUCUCCAAAUUCGGAUUGCAAGUUAAAAACUUCGAUAAGGACUUCAACGACGGAUUACUCAUUUGCCAAAUUGUUGAUAAGAUUAAACCCGGAUCGGUUAACUGGAACUUGAUCGCAAAGCCAAGAGGAAACAAACCGUUGAACAUCUUCCAGAGAAGAACCAAUUGUACAGUCUUAAUUGAAAUGGUCAAUUCACUCGGACUCCUCAAGACUGGGAUUGGAUCGGAGGAUAUCACUAGUGGCAACUCGAAAAUGCUUAAAGGUUUCUUCAGAACACUUAUGGUGUGGGAGAGUACCCUCAACAAGUCGCUCUUGGGUUAA